CAUCAACAGCUAGAUUCUGACUAGGAAACCAGCCCUCUCACAUCCAUCAACACAUAUCACUGUGUCUGAUUGAUCGAUAAAAGCGUUCAUCAUGGAUGCAAAGCCCCAACGUCCUGCUAAAUUGCAGAUCCGGAACCAGAACGAAAACGCGCCUCCGGCCAACCUCAACGGCGCGAAAACCCUCCAUCAACGCAACAAGUCCACGCCAGCCCUCUCAGCGUUGUUGAGUGGAGGAGUUGGCACCAUGGCCUCGAAGUUCACCAACAAGCGAACUGCCUUCGGGGAUGUCAGCAACACCUUUCGACCGCUCCAACCCAUCAAGGACGCGAACAACAAAACUAUCGACGUGAAGCCCAAUGUCCUCCCCAACGAACCAACUAAGACCGCCGCGCUUCUUAAGCCGGCUCAGCGCCCUCUCUCCGCCGCGGUUUCGAAGCCGAUUCUUUCCAGCACGGCUCACUCGCUCAACGGUCUUCUGGACAAGAGACUCCAGAAGCCGGUCAUCGAGGAGGCUGCAAAACCAGUCGUCAAGCGACAGACCACUGUCUUCAAAGAAGUCAAUGAUGUUGCCCUAGUGACGUCUGUCACCACCCAAGAGCCAGCGAAGCUAUCAUCCAUCGACGCGACCUCUAACCUUGAUUAUCCCAUCCAGGAGAAAUCCACGACAUGUGAGGGUAUGGCUAAGCCCGUGACCGAUCAACUCCCUCUGGUUCAGAACCUCGCUAUCGAUCCUCUUCUCACUUCCAUCGCACCCAACCCUCCUCACCGAAUCGAAAACGUCCAGAGCAUCCCUGCCGUUCCCGAACCUACCCAGUCGCACCCUCUCAAGGAGAUUGACAACCUUGCCGGACACGAAGCAUCAUAUCUCAACGACAUCUCGUACCUUAAAGCGUUGAUCGAACCCGAUCUAUCCGAGCCCAUUGCUGAUGCGAGCAUGCCCAAAGCUGACGUCCCACCUGUCCGCGACGUCGAAGAAUACUGGGACGCAGAGGAGGAGGAAGAGUUCUACGAGGCGGAGGGAUACACGACGCGGUCGCUGCGUUCCCGCGCUGAGAACACCACAGGGGCGGUCACCGUCAACCUCACUCCGGGCCGGAAAACCGCCAAGAUCCGCACCGAACUCGACCGCGCGGGGCUCUGGGUGGAGCAGAAUCGACCGAUUGAGGAGAUUGAGGACGAAGAUUGGGAUCCAUCCAUGGUAGCGCAAUAUGCUGACGAGAUUUUCGAGUAUAUGGAGGAGCUCGAGAAUCGCCUGCGUCCUGAUGGCCAUUAUAUGGAAUCCCAGACUGAGGUCCAAUGGGGCAUGCGCGCUCUUCUUGUCGAGUGGCUCGUCCAAGUUCAUGAUCGAUUCUCGAUGUGCCCUGAGACUCUCUUCCUGACCAUGAACAUCAUCGACCGCUUUCUCACGGUGAAGGUCGUAUCCGUCGGAAAGCUCCAACUCGUCGGCGCAACCGCGAUCUUGAUCGCAUCCAAGUAUGAAGAAGUCAACCCGCCCACCGUCAGCGAUAUCAUCUUCAUGGUGGACAACACCUACACGGCCGACGAGGUUCUGAAGGCUGAACGCUUCAUGCUCAACAUGCUUCAGUACGAGCUUGGAUGGCCUGGCCCCAUGAGCUUCCUGAGGAGGAUCAGCAAGGCGGACGAUUACGACCUGGACACUAGGACACUGGCGAAGUAUCUCAUGGAACUGACCCUCAUGGAUGAGCGAUUUGUCGGAUGUGUCCCAAGCUUCCUGGCUGCCGGCGCCCAAUGCCUAGCGAGGUUCUUGCUCGCUAAGGGAGAUUGGUCACUUACGCAUGUCCACUAUUCGCAAUACACGUAUGCUCAGCUGCGUCCCCUCUGCAUGACCAUCCUGGAAGGCCUCGAGGACCCGAAGACCCACCAUCUCGCCAUCUACACCAAGUAUUCGGACCGCAAGUUCAAGACCUGCGCCAUGUAUGUUCAGGAACAGCUUCAACAAGGCUUCAACCUCCCAUCCCUCCCCCGAGAGAGUGGCACCAGCUUUUCCAUGUGCAGUCGGCGAUCCUAGUCACAUUGAGAGCCAGGAGCAUCCGUUGAUGCACUACCUCUACGAUGACGACUCAACUGGGGGCUUCCUUAUGAAAACGUAAGGAUGACCUUUGGGCGCUAUGGCGUUAGCAAUGGGACCAACCCUUCUCCUCUACGCAGAUACCCCAGUCCAGUCUGUUUUCUUGGCUACCGAGGCGGGCUGGUCA